AUGAACGCUGAGCAACAGGAUGCGGAGAGUCGUCGCCGUCUCCGAUUUACCGCGGAGAAGCUCGUUGACUGCCCCAUUGGCGGUGUGAUGAGUGUGCCACUUGACCGCCUCUGUCAACUGGCGUGGCCGCUGCUGCACGGCAACGGUGCAGCCACGCAGGACAGGCCCCCAAGAGUGCCUCGUGUCUCGCAGACAGACGCCGAUGACGCACAACUUGCACGUGCCAUCAACACCACCGUCGCAGAGACGAUCCGUGUAUUUCAGUCACAUUGCUGGUGGGGCCAGCUGACGUGCCAGACACUUCGCUCGGCACUCUUCCAGAAGGCUUUGCAAUCCGUUCGGGACAAUGUCGCUGUGAUCCCACAAGGACAGCCCGCAGACGAACAGUCGCCAACUGCCUGGUCUUCAGCUCCGCAGAAUACAGUGACGAGGGAUAGGCGGCCACACGGGGGAGUAGAGCCAGUCAAUCAAAAGAUACCGCGCAGGCCGUCGGAGAGUUUCUGUGCGAGUGACGAGAUUUCUUUAGGUGACAGUGGCUCCUCCACUGAGAAGCGGAAAAUUACAUCGGUUAGUGGGGUGCUCUCGUACGUUGCUGGCCAGCAGGAUGAGAAAUGGCUCUCUCAGAAGGUCCUAGAGAUGAUUGAUCUGGCUGCUUCACCACAAAAAGAGGGUCAAAAUCAACUUAUUUCAGUUGCCGCAUCUGUCUCCGUACAGGCACAGCACCAUAAGCGGAGCGCACGGGCAUUUCUUACUAUUUUACAAGAGGUGUUGGGGCGGUGGAACGCAAUACUAGACAGCAAUGAAGAAGUUGGAAUAUUUGGUUUCGGUAUUGUGGUGCCAAUUCUAAACAUCACACGCUGUACGAUCUUCACUGACGAUGACAUGAUUACAGUUGGACACCUCCUGGCCAAAGUGAAGGUUCCAUCACGUGGAUGUGGCCUCACCAAAGAGUCCUUGUCAAUUGCCACAUUUGUCACGAAGUAUACUCUCUCAUUGGAUGAUGAAAUAAAAAGUGCACCGCUUUCUGCUGUAUCGUCACCCUCGGUAUUACCGAUGGCUACUGGGGUUCCUACGAAUAGAGCGGCGCUGCUGAUGCGGUUGCCUGCGUUGGAUUAUGAUGCCACCUCCAUUGCGUCGGUGGUGACAGAGGUGUUUUUGGUCGCGCCGCUCGCACGAAAAGUAAGCGUACACGUCCAAAGAGCAUUGUGCUGCGAAGGAGUUCGGAUUGCCUUAGUGCCACGGACACCGGUUAGCAAUGAUGACAACGGCAGCGGUAUUAAUGAGCAAUUGAUCGAGCCUGUUUGUUUUGAACCACAUGAAGGUGAGACACACGAGCUAACUGCUGGCUGUGACGGUGUGGUACGAUACAUGGGGGUCUCUAACACUUCCACAACUCCGGUUUUUGAGGCCGAAGUGCGCGUGGAGACAAGUCUGGAGGUAGAUGGGCGCUGGGUGGUGGAGCUGCGCAACACCCUGAGUGCUGCACAACUAGAAGUCACUUCCAAUCUUAUUCAGAGGGUAAAAAAUGGGUUUGUCAGUGGCGAUUUCCGCUUGCGAGAUGAUUCACUGAAGCUGUUUCGCAACGGGUUACUUUCUGAACCCCGGGUGGAGCCACUGCCACCGUUUGUGAUGGACCUCCUGAAUCUAGAAGAGGGAAAGCUGCGCCAGCGUGUGCCUUGCCGCCAGAGUGAUGUUAGAGGUGUACGUGCGGCGUUGAGUCUCAUCAGUAGAUUUCUUGAGAGCUAUGAGCCUAAUCAGCUUUCGUGGCAGUCCCGUGCUUGGCAGGAUGCCAUUAAACGUGUUAGCCUAGUGAGCAGUCUGCUUGGAAAAAACCCAGGUGCUACAGAAAUGGCUAACUUUGUUCUCGACCACGUUGCACCAUGUCGUUUGACGGUGCCACAGAUUGUAGAGGGCACUAUUGGUCUAUUGACGUCCGACAUCACCGUCGCUGAGAUGCGGAGUAUGCUGGCGGUACAACGUGCACGUGCCAAGCUAUGUGUUGUUGCGCUCUCCCUUUUGCUAAGGGCUAAAGAAAAUUUUGUACCGGGGGAUAUGUUUCGUGUGGUGUGUCUUUUGAGGGAUGUGAUGAUGUAUGAAGGUGGGCACUACCUUCUGCGUUUUCAGGGCUGUGGUGAUGAGCUGGAGGAGGAGAUUCGAGAGUUAUUGCACCGGCUUCUAACGUCGGUGUUCACGGCGUUACAGCGAUUGAUGCUACUACCAGAAGGUGAGCGACGCAGUCAUGGACCACAUCGUUUUCUGUGGGACGCCGACGAGUUUGGCCCAUUUGCCCUUGUCAGUCUCUCGCUACUUGCCACCCCGCUGGAUGCGCGCGACAUGGACUUCAUUUGGUGCAAGAUCGUCAGGCAGGUGGAGGGGCUGCUGCCCAACUUUACGGAGCUUACCCGCACCGCAUCGUUCAAGGUGAAUGAGGUAGAGGAGGGAAGUAUGCUGGAGUCCACGCGGGCGCUUGUUGACAACGACGACGGCGGUGGCGGCGACGACAACAGAAAUGCUGAUGACGCCGACGCGGGCGCUGCCGAUCAGCCGCCUGUCGGCCUCACGCUGGGUGGCGCCAGUGAGCGUGGCAUCGGCAUGUGGGUGCCGUCCGGGCGUGAACGUGUGUGCUGCACCUCCACUCCGCUGUACUGCCCGGGGGCACAGGCUCCCAUGUCCACCUCCGCCUCAUCCUUCUCUGCCUUGCCUUCAUCGUUGUCCGCGGUGGGGGCAUCGUUUUGCGCAGCGGACGUGCAGCUGAUGAUGAUGCCACCACGUGAACUCGUUAUCGCACUCGCCUCGGAGCAGCAAUCGAGUGUGACGAGCAGCAGCAUCCAGGAUGACUUGCAAGGCUUCUAUUUCAUGCCACACGAUGGAAAACUGCAUCACGGCCGGCGCCAGAUUGCACUGCCACCGCUUGUGCAGGGCGACAUUUUCACCUUCUGCUUCUCCUUCUCCCCGAAGACAUCGACGCGUACGUUGUCUCUGCUUGUGAAUGGUGUCCGGAUGGCAGAAUUUCCGUCCCCACAGCAACGUCUGUUUCUUGUUGCUGGUGUCAUGGACUUUUCUUCACUCCGCAACAACACCUUCCGCGUGUCAUUUCGUUCUCGGAAGGAGACAACUAAUUCUACUUGCGCUGCACCGGCAUCUCUUGUUGCGAUGACAAGUGGAGGAGAGGGGGCCGUUGGUGCACUUCCAACGCGCCACUCCAUUGCAAUGUUUGCAACGCUUGUUUUGUUUUACAUGAUAUCAUUCUGCGCGCGACGCCUUGCCCAUGUGAGACGAAUGGUGGCCGCUGGUAGCACACCACAGUCUAUUUCACCAACAUUCGCUGGCGGCCGCGGCAACCUCUCAAGGAGUUCUGCACAUGCAGAAGAAGCAUGGACGGCGUUUGUGGACGGCUGCUGCGGUCCGUUACGGGCGAAUGUGGAGAGUUUAAUCGACUCCAUCAAGCGCCUCCCCCCGUUAUCUGAAUUCAACGAUGCGACCGAGCGUGUGAAGCGCAACGCAGCCUCCUUCGUCUAUCAUCGCUUCCUCAUGGACCAUAUUAUCAUUAUACGUACUGCCAUUCGCUGCUCUUCCUCGCCGGUGGAGAUGUUGUCGACGCUGGCCAAGGUGGUGUGUUGCGAAGAGGUGGGUGAGCGGGAGCGGUGCUUGGCUCUGACGGCUGUCUGCUCAGCGCUGCGUGAGCCAUAUCGUUUCUUUGGCGUGGCAGCUUACAACCCAUUGCAGCUGUGGGAGUGCUGCCGUCUGCUUGCACGACAGGUGUCGGCAAUAGGGUACAAACCGCGGUUCACAGAGGAGAGUAGCGCACAGGAGCUUGGUGUCUAUUCCGGCGGCCGACGCAUCAAAUCUUUGCUGAAUUCUUGCGGGGUCUCGCGGUCGGCGCAGAACACCACUUCCUUUGCUGCACAGGGCAUCCCGUUAGAUGGCUCGCUAGGAGAGGUAUCGUUUUCCGUACGCCUGCAGCGUGGCGCCGAGUUUGACACGCUUGGCCGCUUCUACUACAUUGGUGUGGCCUGCCCGUACCCCAUGUCCAUGGAGACAACGCUGCAGCGACACCCCGGCGAGCGUCACGAAAUGGCGUACGUGUACGCCAUCACAGAUAACUUCACCGACGUCUCAUCUCCCUCCAUACGGACGGAGCUUUCGCGGCACGCAAAGAAUUGGAUGUCUAGCGAGGAGAAUAUUAUCUACGGCUCGGCUGAUGUCAUUACUGUGACGGUGCAGACCAGGCUGCGCUGUGUUUCCUUUGCGCGGAACGGAAUGCCACUUGGCACACUUUACACGAACAUCCCAUCCAUGGUAAAGGUGCUUUUUCCCUUCGUGGAGCUCUUCAACAAGGACGCCUCUGCUGUGUGGAUGCAUACACCGCGUGAGAUUGGCAUUCGUGCACGGGUCGCCAUGCGUGAGAUGCUUUGCCAUUGGGGUGCUGAGUUGAUGCCGCGGCUCCAGGAGAUGAUUGAGGUGGGUGACGUGGUGGCACUUGAAGUGCUCGGUGCAGACGGCGACGAGAUGUCUUUCUGUUACCGCAUCCCCCCACGCAGUGUGAUGAAGGGCUCGCGUGUUGUGCGACUCGUGCGGCAGCUGGGUCCUAAGGCAGAGGUGGUGAUGGAGGGAGGCACAAAGAGCAUCACUAUCCCUGCUGCCGCGCUAGAGCCAAACUAUAGUGUGGUGAUUAGCAAAGAUAUGUCGGUCAGUCUGCUUUUGAACGAUCUAAUGCAUACAGUCUCGGUAUCAGUUGAAUUCAUCAAGGACCCAGCAGGGUGCAGCAGCGUACACGUUCGACGGAUCAAAAUGUUUCUUUGCGCCCUCCGUCUGCUGGCGGAGAUGGAGCUGCCAAGCGUUCUCACGCCCGAAGUUGAAGCACCUCAGAUGUUGCUACGACAACUCAUAAGCAUUCUGGCGGUGCCGGACGUGAUACCCAAUGACAAGGAGCACAUUGUGCUGGAGGCGUGGAAUGAGGUGACGCAGCUGCAGGACGACGAUGAGCUUUGGAUUCCCAUUCCCAUUCCCUACAACACCGAUGCCUCUGGCACCGAAGAAAUUGGUGACACCGAUGACGCCGAAGAGGGUGCAGAUAUAUGCCUACGAUGCCCAACCUGCGAUGAGGAAUGGGGCAGCUGCACUGCCAGCAACCACGCAGCCCCGUGCAGUCUCUGCGCAACGCUACACAAUGUGCUGCACCGCAUUGGUGUGACAUCACCCUUUACCGGCUUGGCCUGUGAGUGGCAAAAACCCGAGAAGAAGGUUUGCGUGACGCUUCGUGUUGCGGCUGAUGGAAGGGUGGAGGGUGAGGGCGAAGACCCGCACGGUAUCUUCAGCUUCACUGGAAAACAAGUCGCGAGCAACCGUGUGCGGGGCCGCUGCGUGUAUAAAUGCGCCGAGAACCCUACUACUGGUGAUACACACGACGAGGAGUGGGCUUGCGAGGUGUGCACCUUCAUCAACUUACCUGACUCCACACGCUGUGCCAUGUGCACGACGGCACGCCCCGGGGCGACAUGGACUUGCAUGCUUUGCAGCUACGCCUUCAACUCUAACAAUAUCGCCAUCUGCAUGACAUGCGGGCACCAGCGCAUGGGCGUGGCAGAGGUUGACCAAGACGCCGGUAAGAAACGGGCGUAUUGCGAGGGUUGCGGAAAACAGAAGGAAUACACAAAGUUUGAGGUUUUUGAAUGUCGUGCCAUGUGUGAGCGCUGCGAACGUGAAACGCGGUGGUUGCCGGACGAGAAAACCAUCGGCGUGGCAGAGGGAACGCUGGUAGGCGCUGGCGACACCAUGAAGUGGGUGGUUACGUUCGGCAGUACGAAGUGUGUCUACGCGGAUCUCCACAGUGGGGCGUACUCCCUUGAAGGCCUCUGUGAGGCAGCCGAGGCGGCGUCGCCCGGUGCGAGUGAUCUCUCACGCUAUGUCCCACCCCUCGCGCAGGCUUCCCUGAACGACAGCGAUGAAUCGUUGUCGGCAGAGGUUGCAGCUGUGGAGGAGCCGCAGCAGCGAAGAUCCUCGCACCACCGCUCCCUUGUACAUGCCAUUCUAUUGUUCUGCAGCCGCAUUGUGUGUCGCUGGGGGCCUGAGCUUGCUCCAAAGCAACUUGCAAGGGGCGAUGUGUUGCGCCGCCUGCGUGUAUUGGAUGACAGUUGGUUGGUGCGGCUCAAGGAUGUCCCCGAGGAGGCAGCGCGAAGCAUAUUUUCUUCUUGUCUGCGCAUUCUUCUUGCAGGCAAGAGCAGUGAGCAGGUUAUUUGGUCCCUUUCUUCCAUUUCCCUAGUGGUGAUGGAGGGAAACCCCUCGCUACAGCGCCAGCGACACUACUUACUCUACGCCCUCUGCGUGAAUGUGGCGCGAAAUAGUGACAGUCGCGAAGUGCGUGAAGUGUGCUAUGCCUCGCUGAACGCCUUACUAGAAGAAGCCUGCGGACAGCCACUCAAGGCAGAGUGCCUGCGCGAUAUCGUUGCGAUUACGCCUGUCAUUGCAGGGCAGCAACGACUUAUGGUUCAUGCUGUUCUUCGCGGCGUCGACGUGUCGAUCAGUGCGAAUGUUACUGCUACAAGUUGGCUGAUUGAGGCUGUUGAACGGAUGGGGCUUCAACAACGACUCCCGGCAUUCUUUGAUGAAGAUUCACCGGACACAUUCCCGUAUCUCGUGGAGUUGCCGGACACUCGUAUGGGUGAUGGUGGCGAACUUAUCGUGGGACAAGUACGUGGCAGCGUCGGCGUGUUUUCGAGCAAGGGUGGGCGGUACUACUACGAGGUGGUACUGCCACCCAACUUCAAUGAUCGCAACAAGACGAUCAUCAUGGGAUGGGGUACUAUGCAGCACGAGGUGCUAAGUAGUGGGCAACACGUUGGGAGUGACAUACACUCCUGGGGAUUUAACUGCCAGGACAGAUUGCGCAUACUGACCGGAGAGCAGAUGGUUUCAACCUCGAGGCCUAUUGUCGCUGGAGAUGUUGUUGGCGCAUUGCUUGACCUGAGUACAAUGAUGAUGUGCUGGAGUGUCAAUGGUGAGGACCUCCUCUGGGUUGCUGUCUCCACGCAGGGUAAGGGUGAGGCAAUUUACCCAUUUGUCAGCGCUUCUAUGGAUCCACAUGGCGUCAUAGUACGCCUUGGCAAUACACAGUUCAAACCCGAGGGAUAUCAAGACUUCAGCCCUAUCACAUACAAGGAGGCGCGACACGACAGCGUAGUAGAUCCGCGUUCAUAUGAAUUCUACGUGCAGCUGUGUCAGCUCGGCAAUGACAUUGUUAACUGUGGCUUCACAGUGGAUUCAUUGCUGGAGACUACUGCGUGGGCUGACUUGGCGCGGGCAUCCAUUCACCAGUAUCCAUUGCUCUGUGAAGAAGCGGCAGGCUCUUUAGAGCGUCUACGGCCGUAUUUUCAACAUUUGCGCUCUAUCAAUGCCCUGGCUGUGAGCAUGGCGAGGAGUCAUGACAUUUUCCGAAACUCAGCAUAUUUGAUGGGCAAUUACCAGAAGGCACGGCAGUUGCUCUUCUUUACAGCACGCUGGGCGAUUGUGGAGCGACAGAUUGACCGCCGUCUCAUCCGAAGUAACGUGAAGCGACCCCGCGAGGUGUUGAUUGAUCUCAACCGUGCCAAAGCCAUGGCGGAAAGCAGUGGUGGCCUUGAUUUCCUGACGCUGUUCGAUGGUUCCGUCGCAGGACAGCUCUUUCGGCAGACGAAAGACUCCGAGAUUUAUCUUGAUAGUGUCAUGUUUGUCAUUUGCCUCGCCGGAGAAGUCGCCGACGAUGCCGGGGGUGUGACACGCUCUGUGGUGACGAUGAUGUGCGAUGAGUUGAACUACCGCGAUGAGGAGGAUGGGCGCCGUGCGGAACCGCUGCUGCCAUUCUUUAAGCUGUCGAGCCACAGCACAAUGGUUAAUGUAGUGCCGAACAUGGAUUUCUACCGCAGCAACCCCGAGCACAAGCAGCUGCUCCUGGAUUUCUACACAUGGCUCGGUAAGCUCCUCGGCAAUGCGACGAUAAGUGGCUACUUAAUGUUCUCUCUAACGUUCCCGCGUCUAAUGUGGAAGUUCCUCACCUUGGACGAGCCUACCAUCGAGGACUACCACGCCGACAUUGAUGAUACCGUGCGUGGGGCAUUGAACGAUGAUGAGUUCCUCCUCAACGACGAGUUCUACCACGCCAUUCCUGGCAUCAGACCGCAGGAAGACGACGACGCAGCGGAAGUGAUGUCUAUGAUGCACUCAACCCGCAUCUUCCCUGCCCUCACACCGCAACGGAGCUCGGCGGACAUCAACAGCCUCACGAACGCCGAGGAGUUCGAUGAGGGCAUGGAAGUUGAGCGGCGUCGCAAGGAGGCGGAGCGGGCGUUGACACACCAGUACGAUGAGCUGCUGCUUGCCGUGCGCACUGGCAUCACCUCCGUCAUUCCCAUCAACUCGCUCCAGCUCAUCCGCUGGGAUGACCUGCAGCAGCGGGUGUGUGGCUCUCUCGGCACUACGGCGGAGGAUGUGAUUUCCUCGCUGAACUUCGCCCUCGUCUCGGAGGAGCUUCGUCAGAUGCUCACCGAGGUUGUGCACGGCUGGACACAGAAACAGCGUUCGCAAUUUUUGCUCUUCUGUAGUGGACAACGACGUAUUCCACUGCCAGAGAAGGUGCAGGUGUCGUGUGGCGAUGAUCCCAACGCCAUUCCGACUGCCCACACCUGUUCUCCCAUUUCGUUGCUUCUGCAGCCCUACGCCUCCGCCUCUGUCUUGCGAGAGAAGUUGACGGUGUGCCUGCGCCAUAUGUAUGAAUUCGGAUUUGCGUAG